AUGACCAAAUCUUCUCUGAAGAAUAUUGUGGGAGUAGACCUUCUCUCGGUCCUCCCACCAGAUCGAAAACAAUGGUGGGAAACACCGCAUCUGAUCAAGUUGAACGGUUUGAUGGCCGGUCUCCUGUUGUUUUCCAGCACGGUGGGCUACGAUAGCUCUCUAAUGACCGGCUUACAAUCCUUGUCACAGUGGACCAAGUUUAUGGACAGUCCCUCGGGGGCCUGGCUUGGCUUUAUCAGCGCCAUCCAGUCCUUGGGGGCGAUGCUGGGCCUACCCGCCCAAGCUUGGGCGGCCAACAAGUUUGGACGCAAGCCUUGUAUUUUUGUGGGCUAUUUCUUUCUCUUUCUCGGCGUCGGCAUUCAAGUGGGCGCGCAUAAUCCGGCAAUGUUUAUUGUGUCUCGUUUCUUCAUUGGAUACGCCGGAGCAUGGUUUCAAGCCGCCAUCGUUCUCCUCGCCGAGAUCGCCUAUCCCACCCACCGCUCAAAAAUCACCGCCAUGUACCAUUGCCAGUACUACGUCGGCUCCACGCUGUCCGCAUGGCUGGUGUUUGGCUGCCGGAACAUCGAUUCCAUGUGGGCUUGGAAAAUCCCCUCUUUGUGUCAGGUUGCAUUUCCCUUGGUGGCCCUGCCUCUCGUAUCCCUGUGUCCCGAGUCUCCUCGUUGGUUGAUCAGUAAGGAUCGACAUGAAGAGGCCCAUUCGAUUCUCACUAAAUAUCAUGCGGGUGGUGAUGACGUCGCGCCACUGGUUGUCUUUCAAAUGGAUGAAAUCACCAGAUCAAUCAUCUUGGAGCGAGAAGGCAGCAAUUCCACUUCCUGGCUCGAUAUGCUCCUGACCAAGGGAAAUCGCCACCGACUAUUCAUCAGUCUCACUCUGGGCACUUUUGCUCAAUGGAAUGGAAUCGGUGUCGUCUCAUACUAUCUCAGCCUGAUUCUCAAAACAAUCGGUGUCACUUCGAUCACAAAACAAACACUCAUCAACGGGUUCCUGCAGAUAUGGAAUCUUGUCAUGGCAGUGGUGGGUUCCAUGCUUGUUGACUUUGCUGGGCGCCGGACACUCUUUCUUUUGUCCACGUGCAUCAUGCUUGUUAGCUAUAUCAUCAUCACAGGACUUUCGGGGAGCUUUGCCAACAAUCAUGUGGGUAGUGUGGGCACCGCAGUGAUCCCCUUCCUCUUCCUCUACUACGGUGGCUACGACAUCGCCUUCACCCCGCUGGUUAUGGCGUACCCCGCGGAGAUCUGGCCGUACGCACUGCGCGCGAAAGGCGUAGCAUUGACUUCUGUUAGCACGUACCUGGCCUUGCUUUUCAAUCAGUUUGUCAACCCGAUCGCUCUGGACUCCAUUGCAUGGAAAUAUUACAUCCUGUAUAUAUGUUUGCUGGUGGUCAUUCUAGUGACCAUCUAUCUCACGUAUCCCGAAACCCGGGGUUACUCGCUCGAGGAGAUUGCGGUCGUUUUUGACGGCGAGGAUGCAGCCGUGUCAACUGUGGCGGAAUUACAGCAGAUGGGGGAAGAGAAAAAACUUAAAACAGAACACCUGGAGAGCCUUGCAGAGAGCAGUUAA